CCCCUUCACAAACUCGCUUCUGUGGAAAUGAAACUUUGUCGUCUGUCUGUGUGAGAGUGAACAACCGUCCAAAUGGCUCAGCGGGGAGUUCUGCUGGACCAGGACCAGUUCUGUUGUUCUGUCUGUCUGGAUCUACUGAAGGAGCCGGUGGCUAUUCCCUGUGGACACAGUUACUGUAGGAUCUGUAUUGAGGGCUGCUGGGAUCAGGAUGUUCUGAAAGGGGUCUAUAGCUGUCCUCAGUGCAGAGAGACCUUCACUCCAAGGCCUAAUCUGAGGAAAAAUAACAUGUUGGCUGAGGUGGUGGAGGAACUGAAGAAGACAGGACUCCAGGCUGCUCCCCCUCCUACUCUGUGCAAUGCUGGACCUGGAGAUGUGGCGUGUGAUUUCUGCACUGGGACCAGAAAGCAGAAUGCCCUCAUGUCCUGUCUGGCAUGUCUGGCCUCUUACUGUAAGACUCACCUCCAACCUCACUAUGAUUCUCCUGCUUUCAAGAAGCACAAACUGGUCAAAGCCACCGCACAACUACAGGAAAAGAUCUGCUCUCAUCAUGACAAACUGCUGGAGGUUUACUGUCGUACCGAUCAGCAGUGUAUCUGUUAUCAGUGUUUGAUGGAUGAACAUAAAGGCCAUGAUACAGUGUCAGCUGCAGCAGAGAGGACUAAGAAACAGAGGCAGCUGGGGAUGAGUCAGCAGAAGGUCCAGCAGAGAUUCCAGGAGAGAGAGAAGGAGCUGAAGGAGCUCCAACAGGCUGUGGAGUCUUUCAAGCGCUCUGCACAGGCAGCAGUGGAGGACUGUGAUCAGAUCUUUACUGAGCUGAUCCGCUCCAUUGAGAGAAGGAGCUCUGAGGUGAAGGAGCUGAUCAGAGCCCAAGAGAAGGCUCAAGUGAGUCAAGCUGAAGGACUCCUGGAUCAACUGAAGCAGGAGAUAGCUGAGCUGAGGAAGAGAAGCACUGAGCUGGAGCAGCUCUCACACACAGAGGAUCACAUCCAUUUCCUCCAGAGUUAUCAGUCUCUCUCCAGUAUCAGUGUAUCUUCAGACUUACCCAGCAUCGUUGUCCGUCCUCUUCAGUACUUUGGAGAUGUGAGUAAGACUGUGUCUGAACUGAGAGAGAAACUAGAAGACUUCCUUAAAGGAGAAUGGACCAAGAUCUCCACUACAGUGAAUAUAGUGGAUGUUGUACUGCUUCCAGAGCCCAAGACCAGAGAACAGUUGUUACAAUAUUCCUGUCAGCUCACACUGGACCCAAACACAGUACACACAACCCUCUCUCUGUCUAAAGGGAACAGGAAGGUGACCUGUACAGGCCAAGACCAACCAUAUUCUGAUCAUCCAGACAGAUUUACUGCCUAUGAGCAGGUUCUGUGUAGAGAGGGUCUGUCUGGACGCUGUUACUGGGAGGUGGAGUGGAGUGGGGAGGAUGUUGAUAUAACAGUCUCAUAUAAAAACAUCAGCAGAACAGAGACAGGUAAUGGUGGUGCAUUUGGAUACAAUCACAAGUCCUGGAGUUUACUGUGUUAUCAUGGUAGUUAUUAUUUCAGGCACAAUAAUGUUAAGACUAAAGUAUCAGGCCCUCAGUCCUCCAGAGUAGGGGUGUACCUGGAUCACAAGGCAGGUACUCUGUCCUUCUAUAGUGUCUCUGACACAAUGUCCCUCCUCCACAGAGUCCAGACCACAUUCACUCAGCCCCUCUAUCCUGGACUUUGGCUCUCUGGUACUGCUGAGCUGGUUAAACUGUAGUAGGGUCCACAUAGAUACUAGUCAUGCUGGUGUAGUCUAUAGCUGAGCUGGUUAAACUGUAGUAGGGUCCACAUAGAUACUAGUCAUGCUGGUGUAGUCUAUAGCUGAGCUGGUUAAACUGUAGUAGGGUCCACAUAGAUACUAGUCAUGCUGGUGUAGUCUAUAGCUGAGCUUGUUAAACUGUAGUAGGGUCCACAUAGAUACUAGUCAUGCUGGUGUAGUCUAUAGCUGAGCUUGUUAAACUGUAGUAGGGUCCACAUAGAUACUAGUCAUGCUGGUGUAGUCUAUAGCUGAGCUGGUUAAACUGUAGUAGGGUCCACAUAGAUACUAGUCAUGCUGGUGUAGUCUAUAGCUGAGCUGGUUAAACUGUAGUAGGGUCCACAUAGAUACUAGUCAUGCUGGUGUAGUCUAUAGCUGAGCUGGUUAAACUGUAGUAGGGUCCACAUAGAUACUAGUCAUGCUGGUGUAGUCUAUAGCUGAGCUGGUUAAACUGUAGUAGGGUCCACAUAGAUACUAGUCAUGCUGGUGUAGUCUAUAGCUGAGCUGGUUAAACUGUAGUAGGGUCCACAUAGAUACUAGUCAUGCUGGUGUAGUCUAUAGAUGAGCUGGUUGAACUGUAGUAGGGUCCACAUAGAUACUAGUCAUGCUGGUGUAGUCUAUAGCUGAGCUGGUUAAACUGUAGUAGGGUCCACAUAGAUACUAGUCAUGCUGGUGUAGUCUAUAGCUGAGCUGGUUAAACUGUAGUAGGGUCCACAUAGAUACUAGUCAUGCUGGUGUAGUCUAUAGCUGAGCUGGUUAAACUGUAGUAGGGUCCACAUAGAUACUAGUCAUGCUGGUGUAGUCUAUAGCUGAGCUGGUUAAACUGUAGUAGGGUCCACAUAGAUACUAGUCAUGCUGGUAUAGUCUAUAGCUGAGCUGGUUAAACUGUAGUAGGGUCCACAUAGAUACUAGUCAUGCUGGUGUUGAUGGUCCCCAGAUAUAAUGGUCUGUUUUUCUGUACAAUAAUUUGCCUGACUGUAUCAUUGAAUUAAAAUGUAAUGUACUUGUUUUUUUAUCAAAUACAAAGUUUUAAUCUUGACAUUUCCAUGAAUCAUGGUGUAUAGUGUUGAUGUAUAUUGGUUGUCAUUCAGAACCAUCGAUAUGUUUUCUCAAUUGGGUCUCUGUCUCUAUGUAAUUCUCCUCAGUGGCAUUGAACAGGUAGUAUCACUAAGUAACUAACUAAACUAUAUGGGACAGACACAGAUGAAUCCUAGUCCUGGACUAAAACGUAUGUUCAAUGUAGAGAUCCAGGAAACCGGCCCUAAAUUUGGCAUCUUUUAUCCUCCAAUACUGCUCAGUCACGCAACAUUAAACCUGUCCAGCAGGUGGUGGUAUUGACCAAACAAUAAAACCAGCAGAUAUCUUAACUUGCCUCAGUAUAUCAGUAAUGUUCAGAAUAGUACUUUAAUAUCAUUGGAGAUUGAUGGUCUUUUUAAUCCACUAUCCAGAGUCAGGAACAGAUGAAGUUAGGUCUGCUACUGUUCAGUGAUUAAAUAUGACUUAUGGUUAUGGGAAAUAAAAAAUACCACUAAUCUUUA